AGCACAUUACAUUCUACAAGUUCUUUUUUGUCUGGGUUCUUUCAGUUUCACGAGGCGGCAGGUUCCCGUGUCCUCGGCUUCGUGCAUAGUCCUGAAUCUCGUCAUAAGGUGGCACGACGCCGUUUUCCAUCUCAUGUUUUCAUCAUCUGUCUUGCUCUUCUGAGACAAGAAACGGUCUUGUUUGUCCUGCAGCCACAAAGCAACCAUCACCACUUUGUCGUUACCGCCACCACUACCUACUACUACUACAGUGCUAGUUAUCCAGCAAGAGGGAACUCUAUGGGUUCAAUAUGGGGUACCACGAUGAUGACCUGGAAUCCCUCGCUCCCAGCGACUCGGUGAGCUGUGUCCCAGAAGGUGGCUUCCGAUCCAGGCACCGCAGUUCCCGCCAUCCAGAAUGGACCUGGGCAGCGGAGAAGCCCUCGACUCGGACGCCGCGCCGUUCCGAAGUCGUAUAUGCCGAGAAAUACGUUGCUGCUGUCCCCGUCCACUCUUCAUCAAAGACCUAUACCUCAAGUCCAUACACGCAGCACAAACGAUCUAGCAGCAGCAGUCAGACGUACGCAGUUCAGAAUCAGCACGGUAAUUACCUUCCCAGCCCACCCUACGAGGCCCGCAGCACGAGACUCGCGUCGCAGCCCAGGGUGACGGUCACCACGAUCCCUUCUACGCCGACGUCGUCGUCGCACUCCCACAGGUCCGGGUCCAGCAGCCAGAGGUCUGGUUCCUCGUCCAGUCUCUACCGCAUCUUCAGCCCAGACAGGGACGCCCCCACUCUAAGGACCUCCCGCACAACCGCACCACCCGUCAGCAACAGCCGCUUCCACGAGGACUAUUACGGGACGCACCGCGGCCGCACCUCCUCAGCCACCUCCUCUGGCGGCCGGAGGGCAUCGUCCGCUGGAGCCCGCGAUUCCUCGAGCCGGGACCGUCGUGUCGCGUAUGGAACGGCUGGUGGUAGCUCUGGCGGUGGUCGCUACAGAACGGUCGAGUCGUAUGUGCCAAGUGCGCCCAGGAGUGCGCCCGCCGGCGGGCGGUACGGAGAUGAUCGCUAUGGUGUAUAUGAGGUGCGUGCGCCGUCUCGAGGCCGCCGGGAAAGCUUCGACUAUACGGCCACUGGGCAGGGCGGCGCGAGGGUGUCUGGCCAUCAUAGCGGUAGUGGGUCAAGUGGGCGGGGCUGGCGGUGGUGA